AGAAAGGUCCCGUUCCUGACUCGCGGCGAGAGACGCUAGCUGGCCUUCCCUUGCACCUUCCCCACCACAAAGCAUGGCAAGUACAUUGAGCGGCAUGCCUCUCCUCAGCGGUCCGCCGCCCGGGCCUGACGAGAACGAGAACGCAUGUCGAAAGUGCAACAAAGAGUUCAACGUCCUCUUCGCCCGGUCGCGCAAGUGCAACCACUGCGGCCACCUCUAUUGUCAAUCAUGCACCGACUACCAGGCCCUCAUGCCACGCCAGGGCGGCGGCAACGCUGGCUAUGACCCCGCAUCUGUCUGCGCGUACUGCAUCGAGAACCUCACAAUCACCGCUGCCGGCAAGGGCCAGCUUCGCAAGUACUCGUUGGCUAAGCUGAGGAAGUAUGCCAAGGAUUAUGAUAUAAAUGUGAAUGGUGUCAUUGAGAAGGACGACCUGAUAGACAAGAUCAUCGCUGCAAGGACCCCCCAUGGAUGCUUACCGAUUGCCAACGAGCGUUCAGACCGUCCGCGAGGCAUCUUCACACGCGCGAUGGAAGCCAUGGGUAGCUCUGCAUCGGACUCAGCACCUCAGCAGCCGCAGCAUUCUUCGCAGCAUUCUCCGCAGCAACAGCAACCACCUCCCUACCAGCCCCGCCAGCGCACGACGUCCCAUCCUCCGUCGUUCCCGCGUCCUGACCUGGAUGACCAGCAGCCCCCUCCUCCCCCACAGCCGAAUCAGAGUGCACCGCGCCCUCAACCGCAGCCGCAACGGCAACAGCAACAGCAGAGGCAGGACUACCACACGCACAGCCAGACGGGUCCAGGCAGGCAGCAGCACACGUACGCACCGCCGCCACGGAGCACCUACAGCUUCACCUACCAAUCGCGCUCGCCGCCCUCGCAGUCACAGACGCUGCCGCGCUCGCGUCCGCAAUACAACCCGCCGCCAGGGCCUCCCCCAGGACACAGCACGCACAACGCACGCGGAGCAUCCAACUCUGGCUCGCGCACGCACCUGAACGUGCCCCCGAGCGGCAGUGCGCGGCCGCGAAGCGCAAGUGCGCCGCGGACGCCGCGCUCGGGGAGCCCAUCGCGCGGGACGUCGCCGGCGCCUACGGCGGUACCUUCGCUGGGCGAGUUGCUCGCAAUGGCGCCUGAGGCGCUCAGCGCUCUGUCGAUCUCGACACUGAAGGCGGUGCUCUUCCGGAACCAUGUGAGCGCGGGCAUGAUCGUUGAGAAGGCGGAGCUCGUCGCCAAGGUGCGCGCGCUCGUUGAGGACGAGCGGCAUGAGCGCGCGGCCGCGCGUCGUCGCAUGGAGGAGGAAGAGGAGAGCGAGGAGGCGCGCGAGCAGAGGGAGAUGGAAGAGGUGCUGGAGCGCAGCCGGAGAGAGCAUGAGGAGUAUGAGCGCAGGAGAAGGGAGGAGCAGGCGGGAGAGCAAGACGAUGCGAUGCAAAGCGAGGAACGUGAGGCUGCACCGGACACCUCAAGUGCUGCGACUGACUCCACGGCGCCGCCGCAGGCCGAGAAGGAGAAAGCGAAGGGGACGACGCCGGCGGGGAAGCUGUCGCCGAAGGCGCAGGCGAUGGCCUCGCACCUCGAGCGCACAGGACUAUGCGUCAUCUGCCAGGACGAGGAGGCGAACAUCGCAAUCGUUGACUGUGGACACCUUGCGAUGUGCCGUGCGUGUUCGGACUUGGUCAUGAAUAGUUCGCGCGAGUGCCCGCUCUGUAGGACGCGGAUCGUCACCGAGGCGCGGUUGUUGCGGAUCUUCAAGGCGUAAAGCUGUGAGGGAGCUCCCGCCUGGCGCUGUUGCGUUUUGUUCAGGGGCUAAUACAGGCUAGUACACGUUUCUGUAGCCAUCUCACCAAUUGGUCGCAUGUGUUUGUUUCGUUCUUUUUCGGGUUGUCUGCGCCGCUCUCGUUCCCUGGUCGUAAUGCUUACUAGUCGCAACUUUGAUCGCUCUCAGGCCCCAGACUCUGAAUGGACGAUGUACUAGUCUGAAUGUACAAUAUGCACAUGCGUAGAAUCAAUGGGUCGGAUGAUCCACCUUGCAAGAGGAAAUGUCGAAAAAUGAUCCACAGC